AGCGCGGCUCGCAGUCCCGAGCACGGCGUGGACCGGCGCCCGCGGACGCACGCCAGGUCCGGGAGGCCGAAGGCUGGAAUGGCUUACACAGGGGAGCAAGGAGGAGUGUCCUGUGGUUUCAUUCGCCAGAAUUCCAGCAACUCCGUUUCCUUGGAUUUUGAACCUAACACAGAGUACCGGUUUGUGGAGCAACUAGAAGAGCGCUACAGAUGUGCCCUCUGCCGCUCAGUGCUUCACAACCCACACCAGACCGGGUGUGGGCACCGCUUCUGCCAGCACUGCAUCCUGUCCCUGAGAGAAGUGAACGCAGUGCCCAUCUGCCCAGUGGAUAAGGAGGUCAUUAAAUCUCAGGAGGUGUUUAAAGACAAUUGCUGCAAAAGGGAAGUUCUUAAUUUAUAUGUAUAUUGCAAAAAUGCUCCGGGAUGUAAUGCCAAGAUAAUUCUGGGACGAUACCAGGACCACCUCCAGCAGUGCUCCUUCCAAGCCGUGCCCUGUUCUAAUGAGAACUGCCCAGACGCCAUGCUCCGGAAGGACCUGAAGGAGCAUUUGAGUGCAUACUGUAGGUUUCGAGAGGAGAAAUGCCUUUACUGCAAAAAGUAUAUCGUCGUGAUCAAUCUGCAGAAUCAUGAGGAAAACUUGUGUCCUGAGUACCCGGUGUCUUGUCCCAACAAAUGUUUGCAGAUGAUUCCAAGAACUAAGGUGACUGAACACCUUGCUGUCUGUCCUGAGGCUGAACAAGACUGUCCAUUCAAGCACUAUGGCUGUACUGUCAAGGACAAGCAGGGAAACUUGAGGGAACAUGAGCACGAGGCCCUGCGAGACCACAUGCUGCUGGUUUUGGAAAAGAACCUCCGACUAGAAGAGCAGAUUUCUGACUUACACAAGAGCCUAGAACUGAAGGAGAGUAAGAUCCAGCAGCUGGCGGAAACAGUGAAGACAUUUGAAAAGGAGUUCAGCCAGUUCACACAGCUGUUUGGCAGGAAUGGAAGCAUCCUGUCAAACAUCCAGGUUCUCACCAGUCACAUCGACAAAUCUGCUUGGCUAGAAGCUCAAGUUCGUCAGUUGUUACAAAUGGUUAACCAGCAACAGAGUAAACACGACCUGAGGCCUUUGGUGGAAGCAAUUGAUACCGUGAAAGAAAAAAUUACCCUUCUGGAAACCAGCGAUCAGAAAUUAGUUGUUUUAGAAGGCGAAACUAACAAGCACGACAUGCAUAUUAACGUCCACAGAGCGCAGCUGAAUAGAAAUGAAGAGCGGUUUAAGCUGCUCGAGGGCGCCUGCUACAACGGGAAGCUCAUUUGGAAGGUGACAGGUUACAGGAAGAAGAAGAAGGAGGCCGUGGACGGGCACACAGUGUCGGUCUUCAGCCAGCCCUUCUAUACCAGCCGCUGUGGCUACCGGCUCUGUGCCAGAGCAUACCUGAAUGGGGAUGGGUCCGGGAAGGGGACACACUUGUCCCUGUACUUUGUGGUGAUGAGAGGAGAGUUUGACUCAUUAUUACAGUGGCCAUUCAGGCAGAGGGUCACCCUGAUGCUUUUGGACCAGAGUGGCAAGAAGAACCACAUUAUGGAGACCUUCAAAGCUGACCCCAACAGCAGCAGCUUUAAGCGGCCUGAUGGAGAGAUGAACAUUGCGUCUGGCUGUCCCCGCUUUGUGGCUCAUUCCACUUUGGAGAGCACCAAGAACGCCUACAUUAAAGAUGACACCCUGUUCUUGAAAGUUGCCGUGGAUUUAACUGACCUGGAGGAUCUCUAGCGACUGUUGAUAGUGGGAUAAGAAAGUUCCUCAGGGACACAUCUGAUUGUCUUACUGCCCUGGAUUUGUACACAACAUGCGUUUGUAUUUUGGCUUUUUGCCUUUAACGUCUUUUGUGCCAUCUCCUUUUUGUAUCUGGCCCUUUCCCAGUUUGAAACUUAACACUCAGAAUAUUGUUAUUUAUGCUUGCAUCUCAUGAAAGAUGGUGUUCUGAAAAUACA